GCCCCAUCGCUUACCCCCCAAAAGGACCAACCGGACGGAGCAAGGGAAAGAGAAAAAAGAAAUUGAAACGAGCCGCGCGACGGGAGGGAACCACGACCGCCUCGGCGCCACCGCCCCGGCCGGCCGGCCUGCCCGCCUCUCCGAUCUCGCGCGCGAUCCGGCUCAUCCCCUGCGGCCGCUCGCGAGCGCAAGGGGGAGCUUCGGAUCCGAUCCGGGCGGGCGCCCCAUGGUGGCUCACUGGCUCUGGUGCCCUUGAGCCUCGAGAUCUAGGGUUUUCGCGCGCCGCGGAAGGGGAGCGAUGGGGCGCCGGAAGUUGUCCGCGGCUGCUCCGCCGUCUAGGAGCUGGUCCAACGUGGGCGGCGGCGUCGUCAUCUCCGAACUUCGGGAGAGACACAAAAUGGAAUUGGAGAAUUUGACACUAACAAAGCAGCCACUCAGAACAUUACACUUUUUCAUGUUAGCCAUGUUACGAUACGUGAAAAGAUUAGCUACAUAUCUACUGAAUAAGAGUGGUUUGUUUGUUCUCAUAAUUGUUUUGGUGGUAGCUCCUGGAAUCUUACUCUUUGUUUCAGAUGGCCUGCAUAAAAAGCAUGUGCAGGAGUUCCUUAAUUAUGCUGAAUUUGUGUUGUGGUGGGUUUCAUUGGGUGUGGCUUCGUCAAUUGGACUAGGUUCUGGUUUGCAUACAUUUGUGCUGUAUCUGGGCCCUCAUAUUGCUCUCUUCACUAUUAAAGCUGUUCAAUGUGGCCGAGUUGAUUUGAAAAUGGCUCCAUAUGAUACCAUACAGCUUAAAGUUGGGCCAUCAUGGCUUGACAAGAAAUGUUCAGAAUUUGGACCGCCUGUGUACCCAUCAUCAGCUCAUUCAGUAAGGAUCCCAGUGUUUGACUUACUUCCUCAGAUACAGCUGGAAGCGAUCCUUUGGGGUAUUGGGACAGCGCUUGGCGAGCUCCCCCCUUAUUUUAUAUCACGAGCAGCUCGUUUGUCAGGAAGUAAGUCAAAAGCUGUCAAGGAGCUGGAUGCUGCUACUUCCAAAGAAGAUGGCCCAGUAGCAUCCACUCUUAAUCGAACCAAGCGUUGGCUUCUUUCUCAUUCUCAGCAUCUCAACUUCUUCACUAUCUUGAUACUUGCUUCGGUUCCGAAUCCGCUCUUUGACCUUGCUGGUAUCAUGUGUGGGCAAUUUGGGGUCCCCUUCUGGGAGUUCUUUUUUGCAACUUUGAUUGGGAAGGCCAUCAUCAAGACUCAUAUUCAGACACUAUUUAUUGUCUCCUUGUGCAACAAUCAACUCUUGUAUCUUAUGGAAAAGGAAUUAAUCUGGAUUUUUGGCCACAUUCCUGGGUUUUCUGCCACCCUGCCAUCUGUGAUUGCCAAACUCCACGCUGCCAAGGAGAAGUAUCUAUCACCAUCAGCACCAGUCUCACCGUCCUCGCAAAUGGAGGACAAACAGUGGAAUUUCUCUUUUACGUUGGUCUGGAACACUGUAGUGUGGCUUGUGCUUGUGAACUUCUUCAUUAAGAUAAUCACAUCAACAGCACAGGAUUAUCUAAAAAAGCAGCAGGAUAUAGAGAUGGAACUUAUUACUGAUACCUCGUCCCCAGACAAUUCUUAAACUAACUAGUGGUGUUUAUUCAGCUGCUAGCAGCGAAGGUUCUCCAUAGCCUUAACUCCUGCCUAAGCCCUUGCAGAUGAUAACAAGUUCCAACAUUCAAUUGGUAUUAGUAAUUAUUAUUCAUCUGUACAGUGAACAAAAACACGGGCUUGGCUAGCUCGCCCAAGUGAUGGCUGCGACCUUCUGUCUGUACUGGUUGUUCCUGGAGGAGAAUCAUGCUGUUGUUUUUUCGGACAUCUACACGGAUAAACAGUAGGCAUUGUUUAUGAAGCACGAUUGCUUUACCGAGAUGUAUCACUGGUACCUGUUUCUUUUUAUGUUGGAAAUGCAAAGGAAACUUGGGAGGAUUCAACAA